AUGGAGACCCUGGAAGGAGCUGAACUCUGCUUUCCACAACUCCUCAACACUUCCUGCAGGAAGUCGACACGUCCUCGAUCCCAGGCCAUGACCAUCUUCAUCCUGAUGUCCUCCAUCUCUGUUCUCACUGUGGCUCUCAACCUGCUGGUCAUCAUCUCCAUCUCCCACUUCAGGAAGCUUCAGACCCCCACCAACCUCCUCCUCCUCUCCCUGGCCGUCUCAGAUUUCCUUGUGGGUUUCCUGCUGAUGCCAGGUGAGGUAUUUCGCAUUGUAGAGGCCUGCUGGCUCCUGGGUGACCUCAUGUGUGCUCUGUAUUAUUAUGUGGGCUUUGUAAUUAUUUCUGCCUCAGUAGGAAACAUGGUGCUCAUAUCAGUCGACCGCUAUGUGGCUAUUUGUGACCCUCUGCGUUACCCCAGCAAAAUCACUCCGACAAGAGUUAAAAUCUAUGUGUGUCUGUGUUGGAUCUGCUCUGUUUUCUUCAACUGUCUUCUUCUAAAGGAUCACCUCACACAAUCAGGCAGACAGAAAACCUGCUUUGGGCAGUGUUUGUUUGUCAUCAGCUAUGUCGAAGGGGCUGUGGACCUUGUUUUUAACUUUAUUUGUCCCAUUAGUGUCAUCAUAGCUCUGUAUGUCAGAGUGUUUGUGGUGGCUGUGUCUCAGGCUCGUGCCAUGCACUCACAUGUGAUGACAGUCCAGCCCGGAGCAACGAGUGUCACCGUUAAGAAAUCUGAGCUUAAAGCAGCCAGGACGCUUGGCAUCGUCAUAGUUAUAUUCCUUUUGUGUUUCUGUCCAUAUUACUUCCCCUCUCUUACAGGCCAGGACAUCUUGAGCACUGCCUCAUCUACAGCAUCUGUGGUCUGGCUGCUGUAUUUUAACUCCUGUCUAAACCCUGUGAUCUAUGCCUUUUUCUACCCCUGGUUUAGAAAAUCUGUUAAACUGAUUGUUACCCUUCAGAUCCUGCAGCCUGACUCCUGUGAGGCCAACAUACUGUAG